AUGUCAAGUGUUAAACGUAAAAUCGGUCAAGAAGGACGUAUUUUUCAAGAAAAAUGGGGCUAUGCAUAUUUUUUUACCAGUUGUAAUUCUGUUCCUAUAUGUUUAAUAUGUAAACAAAGUGUAUCAGUCAUCAAAGAGUAUAACAUUAAAAGACAUUACGACACUAAUCAUGGUAAGAUUUACGAUAAAUUUGUUGGAAAGUUACGUGAAGAAAAAUUUGAAGAAUUAAAAAAAAAAAAAAUUGCUCGUGCUUCAAAACCGUUUAGUGAUGGCGAGUUCAUUAAAGAGUGUAUUGUUAGUGCGGUGGAAGUUAUAUGUCCCGAAAAAAAACAAGCAUUUUUAAAUAUAAGUUUAAGUGGAAAUACUAUUGCUCAAAGAAUUGAAGAAAUGGCAAGUAAUGUUAAACAACAAUUACAUGAAAAAAGUAAGAAUUUUUUAAAUUUUUCUAUUGCUAUUGAUGAAAGUACCGAUAUUACAAAUACAGCACAGUUGGCUAUUUUUAUCCGUGGAGUUUUUGAUAAUUUUGAUGUAACAGAAGAGCUCUUAGAUUUAAUUCCUAUGACUGACACUACAACAGGAAGUGAUUUAUAUAAUUGUGUGGAGAAAUGUCUUAAUGAAUUAGAAGUAGAUUGGAAAACAUUUUCAAGUAUAACUACUGAUGGUGCUCCCGCAAUGUUAGGUGUAAAAGCGGGAUUGGUUUCUAGACUAAAAUCAAAAGCCUUGACUUAUGGUGUAGAAUUGAAAAGUUUUCACUGCAUCAUUCACCAAGAAUCCUUAUGUUCGAAAAAAUUGAAAAUGGAACAUGUUAUGAAUAUAGUCAUUAAAACUGUUAAUUGGAUUAGAUCUCAUGCAUUGAAUAAUAGACAAUUUAGUGCACUACUUGAGGAAAUGGAUGCUCAGUAUGGUUGUUUGAUAUAUCAUAGUGAAUUGAAUAAAUCAAAAAGCCGCAAUCAAAUUUCCAAUUUAAAAUUGCAAUCUGUUCUACAUUUGGCAUCCAGAAGUUCUUGUGCAAAUAUAGACAGUUUGGUACAAAAUAAGAGAUGUCAAGUAUCAAGUGCAGCUCGAAAAUAA